UUUUCUCUUUCUUUUCUUUUCUCCCUCCCUUCCUUCUCUACUUCUUUCCUUCUUCCUCGAGCUAUUUUGAUUGGGCAUCUAAUCGGUUAAGAUAAGAAAUCGAGCCCCUAAUCUAUCUCCACACAGGUAAUAGUUGACUAAUACAUCAUAUUAGUUAAUGAUUCUAUCAUAUGACAUUACGGGGAUUAGAAAGAACGUCACAAAUGCAAAUACUCUGUCGUGGGAAAGUCCCAGGAAGUAAUUUUCGGAGAAUACUCCUCUUUGUCCUGCGUUCAAGAGAGAUAUCUGAGGAAUGUCCCAGAGGUUCGCCAUUUGGAGAGGUGACUUGGUUCUGCACCCAAUAUCGACCCAAGAGGGCUUCUCAGAGUUCCUGCGGCCAGCUGGUUCCUCCAUCCUCCACCAAGAUGGUCCUCCUUCUGUCCUUCCUUCUUAUCCUCGCCUGCCUGUCAGGAUCCUUCGGCCAUGAAGAUCUCAGGAACAAGGUCUUUGCUUUCCCAGCCCCAUCGGCCACCUCUGCUGUGGUUCUCCCCAUCUCCAACCAGCAACCCUUGACCAAGCUGACCGUCUGUUUGAGUUACUACACCCUCCUGACCCGUCCGUACGGCCUCUUCUCUUACGCCACCCGCUCCGUCGACAACGAUUUCCUCAUCUACAAGAGCCAGCCCAACGAGUAUGCCAUUCAUGUUGGGGGUGGGGUGGUAAAUUUCAAGGUUGCCCAGAAGGAGAAACCGAGCUGGGAGCACAUCUGCGUGUCGUGGGACUCCAGCAACGGACUGGUCCAGUUCUGGCUCAACGGAGUCCCCCUCCCUCGACAGGGGCUGAAGAAGGGCUACAGCAUCAACCCCGAGGGCUCCGUUCUGCUGGGCCAGGACCAGGAUAACUUCGGAGGGGGCUUUGACAUCAACCAGUCCUUCGUGGGGGAGAUCUCCGACGUCAACCUGUGGCCCCGGAUGCUGAGCCCUGUUGAGGUUGGGUUGUCUGAUAAAAACUUUAUGUUGCCGAGCCCUCUCAUUAACUGGAGGUCCCUGAGCUACACCAUCAAGAAUGAGGUCGGGAAAGGGGAUGGCGUGACACGAAGACCGCGUUUGGGACUCUACGACAGUCGGAAGUGUGAGGAAGGGUCUUAA